AUGGCAUCAGGAGCAGGACCAGGAGGGCAAUCGGGUAGCCCCUUGUUGGAAGCAUGGAUGAAGACAAUAGUGCAUAAUAAUGGAAGGCCCCUGACGGAUCCGCAGGAAAUUAUUAAAAAAAUGGAGGCAACCUUGAGGAAAACGUGGGAAGAAUUAGCCCGGUGGCUCGGGCAUGAGGGAUCAAAUGAAAUAGGGUCACUCUGCGCAAAUGCGGGGGGUUCCGGGGGGUCCCUAACCCACGAGGGGGAAUAUCUGAAGAACUUAUGUAAAGGAAUAGCUGAAAUAAGAUAUUUCAUGAGUGGUGUAGAGACAAAGAGAACCAUCGGAAAGAGCGGUAGAGGAACUGCCGACGAUGACGGACCAGUCUAUGUAAAACUCACCGACGAUAAAGCUUAUCCGCGUUGUGUCGUUGGUGCAGUGGCCCUAUCUGAUCUGUACAGUGAUCAUUGUCACUUGGACAAAGUUAUAGAUUACGUGUCGGAUAAUGUAGAAGGGAACUUAAUGCCGCAUGUGGGUAAGGGCUUGGACGUUGAAAUGAUUAAAAAAUGUGCAGGAAAAGUGGAUGAGGCCGCUUUAUUUUUCGGAAGAUCAGUUCUCGGUGAUACGAUUAAAGAAUGGGCAAAGGGGAAUAGGGGCAAUACUGGUCCCGGGAGGAUAAGGACGCCGUGGUCCUAUUGGCCAAGGGUCUGUAAGAAGCCCAAACCGGGGACGGAUGGGCACGAUGCAGGGAAGAAAGAAAAUUUAGAGAGGAAUAAAGCAAGUUUAGUCAAGUUUACUGUAGGUGAGAACACUCAAAGUAGUACUAGUAAUGCAUCAUCUACCAUGGAAGACAUACUGACGAAGCCCGAAUUAACUCUAAAUAAGGACGUCAUAAAACAAGCAUUUACAGCAGCACUCUCGAAUGGAACUCCUUUUGACGCAGCAGCCUUAACCCAGACGUUAAAGGAGGAAACUGAUAAAAAAUUCGCUGAAGCAUGCAUGAAGAAAGAGGGCCAGAGCUUAUGUGAGCGCCUAAAAUGUGCAAAAACACAUUGGGAAUUAAGUAACAACGGACAAGUGCAGGGACAAAAGGGAGAUUUCUGGGAGGGUCACGUUAAGGGGAAGCUGAAUGAUGCCCUUAAUACAGCGAGUAAUACUGGUAGUGGUGCCACAAGUACCUAUUGCAACGACGAGAAACUAGAUACUGCAAAUAAAGAAGCUUGCAAACUGUUUACUGCUAAAUUAGAACAAAUUUAUCAAAAUAAAAAUGGGAGUGUUGGCGACCAAUUGUCUGAUCAAAUUAUAAAAUGUGUUUUGUUAAAUGCUUAUGCUAAAAAGUUAAAAGAAGAAGCAAAAUUAAAAGGGUAUUGUGACAUAAACGAUGGAAUAGAAAAAGCUUUCCAAACUGCUACGAAUGCUACGAGUGGUAAUAAUGUCCCCUGCCAAUGGGAUGAAAACGAUUAUGAAAAAUGCUCAAUUACCACAAGUGGCUCCAGCACUGCUGACCAAGUGAAGGACAAAGUGGAAAAAAUGUUAGAAGACAACCCCCAAACUAAGGACCCCCAAAUACAGAAAACCUUGUCUGACUUCAAUACAAACAGUACCUUAUGUGAACGAGUAAAAUGUGCAGCGAAUUGGUAUAAGAUCAACAAGGGGAGUGGGGGGACGAGCAAUGACUGGGUGAAUAAAAUGUGGGAGGAGGGAGUCCAAAAGGAUGUCACGUCACUUGGAAAAGACAUGUCUAACAAUGAUAACAAAACUUUAGACAAACACUGCGAUGGCCUGGACUACAAGAAAAAAGAAGUAUGUCUCCUCUUUGCAAAAGGAUUACACCACAUGUACAAUAAAACAAAUAAUGACGGCAAUGAUCCUAUGAAGUUGCUUAAACGAACUAUGAUGUGCGCAGCACUAAAUGCAUACGCCAAAAAAUUAAAAGAUGAAGCAAAGGGUAAAACGAGUUGCAGUAUAGAGGGUGGCAUAAGUAAGGCCUUUACAGAAAGUAGUGCCAGUAUGGGUAAUGGAGUAUCUCCAUGUACCGAUCCUAAGAGUCCUGGUUGUUUUGAAUGUAAAUGGGAAAGAAAUGGCAAUUUUGAUGAUUGCUCAAUUACCACAAAUGGCCAGACCACUGGCAAAAUAGAAGUGAAGGACAAAUUGACGACCUUUCUCGAGAACGAUUCAACUGGACUGAAGGAAUCUUUGGACAAAAUAUGUUUACCAUGUCUAGAUAAGGAAAACCUAUGUGAGCGUGCAGAAUGUGUUAUGGGGAGAUGGAAGGCUAAUGGGAACGGGCAGCCUAGAAAUCAUCCUUGGAAGGACGGUGUCGAAAGUGAAUUGACGGAACUCUCUCAGAAGAUACAAGAUAAAAAGGGCAAGGUAGAAAAGCACUGCAGUACAUUCAAGGAAGAAGAGAAGACAGUAUGCGAGUUCAUUGCUGCAGGAUUAGAGAGUAUUUAUGAAAUUAAAGCAAAUACAAGUGGAAAGGGGGGAAAGAGUACGAAGAAAGAUUUAGAGGAUCAAUUAUUUAAACGUACCAUGCGUUGUGUUUUAUUAAAUGCUUUUGCUGAUAAAUUAGAAGCACUUCCAUGUGCAGAUGAAAAGAAAGUAAAGGACGCUAUAGAUAAAGCAUUUCUGCAAAGUGGAAACAUUAAGGAUCAAACAUCUCCCUGCAAGGAUGAUGGAGAUAAAUGUUUUAAAUGUGAAAGGUUUAACGCCUAUAAAACUUGCCAAAUUAAGGAAAAUAGCAGCAGCGGCAGCUCAACGGAAGGAGAGAAUUUAAAAGGAAAAAUUGACCCAAUCCUCAACCAAGUAGAUGAGGAUGAUACUAGUUCAUUAACGAAGAAAUCUCUAACCAAGACCAUAUGUAAACCAUGUACUGGGGAAAACAACGGGAAUUUCUGUCAAGAACUUCAGUGCGUAGUAGAAAAAUUGGGAAAAAGGAAGUACGGAAGCCCAACCGGAACGACUCCAUCUUGGGAAAGCAUGAAGGAUGACUUCGAAAAGGAGUUAAAAGCACUGCUGGAUGGAAUGAAGAAACCUGAGAAUCAAAAAGCAGUUGCAACGAAAUACUGCACCGCAGACAAAGACGGCAACAACUGGAGCGAAAGGGACGCCCAUGGCGUCGCUAACAGGGGCGCCUGCGAGCUUGUUGCAGCAGGUUUAAAGCACAUUUCGAGUAUUCAACAUGAAUAUAAGAGUAUGGGCAGUAAGAAACCUGAGGAAAAUGAGAACCCCUAUGAUAACCAAGAAUUCCAUCAAUUUGCUGCUUGUUUAAUGUUAAAAUCCGUCGUACAAAAAAUGAAAGAACAAAGUCCCAUUUGUUACAUAGAACCCGGCAUAAACAAGGCAUUCGAUUCCGUGAAAGACAUUAUAGGAGACUGUAAAAAUGGUCGUCCAUGCAUUGAAUGCAAAUUGGACGACUACGACCAACUUAAUGAUUGCAAGAUUAGCGACCAAGACAAUGACAAAGUAAAACCUAAAUUGGAAGCAUUACUCAUAGAUAAUGAAUAUAAGACCAACGUCGAAGAAACCCUCUCCCCAAUAACUACAACAGCCGGAAACAGUAGUUCUACUUUAUGUCUCCGUUUACAAUGUCUAGCUCCUCGAGUUCAGGCAUCCAACAAUGCGAGCACAUUUUGGGACAAAGAAGGCGGCGAAGUCGCGAACUUAUGGACAGAACUUUCACAAGCAAUGAACGCAAAUGGGGGUAAAGACAACGGAAAUGGACAUUGUAAUAAAGUGGAUGUUAAUAGAGAUCCCACCAACCCUGAGAGGAAGGCAUGCAAUUAUUUGCAUGCCGGUCUAAGGACAAUCUACAAUGGUUCGACGGCGUCGUCGACGCCGUCGUCAGGAACCAUCAGCCUGAAGGACAACCCACUGUUGAGACAAAUAGUGGGUUGCUUCUUACUUCAUUCUUAUGCAAAACAUAUGAAGGACAACGCCAAAUGUUUAGUGGAAUCAGGAAUAAAAAAAGCUUUUAAGGUUGGUGGUGAAAUUCUUAAGGGUACUUGCAAUGGCACGGAACCUUGUGUUCCGUGCCAAUGGGAUGAAGACAAAUAUGAAAGUUGCGAAAUUAACAUCAACGGCACAAACAAAACGCCAGCAAAGAACAAAUUACAACACGUUAAGGACAAAAUUGAGACCACCGCAACUGCCACCCUAACGGAAAUAAAUAAAAUGGAUAAGUUAUGCGAUUAUAUUAAAUGUGCUGCACCGAAUUGGUUCAAAAGCAAACUCCCCACAGCCACGACUGGAGGUGGUACUCCUGGUACUCCCACCAAGACUUGGUGUGACUUCUGGAAUGAAGGUGCCAAAACAACAUUGCAAUCAAUGUUUCAAGAAAUCAAGGAGAAAGGAAAUGACACAUCAAUGGCAAACACUAAUUACGCAACUUGCCAAAGCUUUGGUGAUGGUAAUGAACAUAGUGUUGAAAGAAAAGCAUGUAAUCAUAUCGCGGAGGGACUAAAAUACCUAAAAAACAAAAUAGAGAGUGGUAAUGACGAACGGCUCCAACGAGCAGUUGGUUGUAUUGCUCUUAACCUUUAUGCUGAUCAAAUAGUUGCAAAAUCUCAAGAUAAAUGUCCCAUUGAUGAAUCUAAAAUUCAAAGAAUGUUUGAUUAUUGGAAUAGAAUUAAUUCUCCAUGUAAGGCUCUUAAUAAUAAUGGCUGCUUUAAGUGUGAAAGGAGAAAAAAUUUUAAUGAUUGCGAACUAAGUGUUUCCAACACUUUGGUUGAUACAACAUCAACACAACCAACUGGACAAAUUUGCAAUGAUAACGGAGAAAAUAAAAAAGUCCAAACUCAAAUGAACGAACUCCUCAAAGAAAGCAACAACCCCCAAGUGAAGUCUACCUUAUCCACUAUCACUAACAUGGACACUUUCUGUAGUAAAAUGCAAUGCGCUGCAAAGAAAUGGAAGGCAGCACAAAACAAAAAUACCCAACAUAAUAGUGUACAGAGCACCGAUGUGAAGUGGAAUGACAUCCAAGAUGAAGUUAAGACUGAAUUAAACAAAAUUCUAGGACAUAUUACGGAUGAUAAUAAUUGGAAAUCCGUUGCCAAAUACUGUAAGGGCGACAUCGGUCCGUCGACAGACGACACACCAGGAGAAAAAAAGGCAAAGCAAAAAGCUUGUAAGCUUUUUGCUUCAGGUUUAAAACACAUUUCUGAUAUUAAGAACAACAACAAAGGCCAAGAGCAUGCUGUACCACUUAAACAAACUAUGAUGUGCGCAGCACUUAAUCUUUAUGCUGAUCAAUUAAUAAACAAAGCAAAAAAACAAUGUCCCUUAGAUAAUAAAAAAUUAGAAGAGGCAAUAAAUCACGCUUUUAGUGAAAGUAAUAACAUUAUGAAGAAUGGAGGAACUUCAUGCAAUACUCAGGGCAAUAAUUCUUGUUUUGUUUGCAAUAGGCAAGACAAAAACGAUUUUGCCAAUUGCCAAAUUGGCAAUAAUUCCAAUGACAAAGUAGGGGAUAAAAUGACCGAACUCCUCGACAAGGAAGACCAAUCCAACACCACCAAAUCCAACAACAACCAGGAAAAAACACUAGAGAAAAUAAAUAAAAUAGAAACUUUCUGUACUCAAGUCCAAUGUGCCAUUAAACAAUACGGAAAAAAUAAUAAUAAGGAAGACCAAAAUGGAACAGUGACUUGGACCAACAUCGAAAAUGACGCCAAAGACGAAUUAACUGAACUUAUACAACAUAUGACGGAAGGUCAGACUAAAGGGGACCUUUCCAAAUAUUGCAAUAAGGACGAGGAAUGGAGUAAACUUGGCCAUAAACGGAGCAAAACAAAUAAAGCAGCUUGUUUGCUUUUUGCUUCAGGAUUAGAGCACAUUUAUACCCAUGGUAAUGGCCAAAAGAAUGGCCACAUUAAGGGCCAGUUUAAUGGCCCAUCGUUUGAACAAACGAUGGGUUGUUUAUUUCUUAAGGAAUAUGCAAAACAAUUAAAGGACUUGGCAAAAGAGAAGAAAAAAGGACAUAGUUGGGUACAUCCUCUUUGUGACAUAGAUGACGGAAUAAAUCACGCUUUUGGUAAAAGUGGUGAAAUUAUGAAAGAAUCACCUCAAUGCAAAAAUACUAAUGAUCCUAAUUCUUGUUUUGAAUGCAAACUAAAUGAAGGUUAUAUUAAUUGCAAAAUUGGCACAGAAGAAGUAAAGCCCAAAGUUAAACCACUGCUCGAAGAUAACAAAGAACAUAUGCAACAAACUUUAGAGAAUACAGUCUGUCCCAUCCUUCUAACGGAUCUCCUUACCCCUUUUGUUCCUUUGGCUCCUGUCUCUAUUGGCCUUUCUGCUAUGGCUUAUUACCUUUGGAAGUAUUUUGGUCCUCUUGGUAAAGGAGGACCACGUUUCAGAAGAUCUCCUACUGAAAUUCCUGGUCCAUCCGUACAGGAACAAGUCCUCGAUCAUGUGCAGCAAGAUAGUUCACAUGAAUAUCAAUUGGUGAAGGAACGAAAACCUCGUUCUGCUCCAACGAGAACGAAACGUUCUGGUCGCGUGAAUCGUCGAACGAUUAUUGAAAUUCAUUUUGAAGUGUUGGACGAAUGUCAAAAAGGGGACACACAAUUGAACCAGAAGGAUUUUCUGGAACUUUUGGUUCAAGAGUUCAUGGGAUCGGAAUUUAUGGAAGAAGAACAUGUUCCUAUGGAAGAAGUUCUUAUGGAAGCGGUUCCUAUGGAAAGUGUUCCAAUGGAACUUGUUCCUAUAGAAGAGGUUCCAAGUUUAGGUUCCGGGUUACUGGUUUAA